GAACCCUGAGCGGCGGCCAAGUCCAGAGGAGAUCUUGGCAAAGCCGCGGCUGCGAGAAAUAAUGCAGCUCAUGCUCGAUGAAGCACAAGAGGCUGCCCAGGCGGCUGAUGAUCCUGCUGCGGUAGAGCCACAUCCAGAGCCAACUUCCUCUAGCAGUGUGGGCUGGUCGCAAGCUGGAAGUCCUUACAGGACCAACGACAUGGUCGAGUACUACUCCGUGUCUCAUGGAGAUUGGUUGCCUGCUACGGUCCUGCGGACCGAUGGAGAGGGUCGCAUCAUCAUCGACUUGAAGCCCAACACCUGGCUUUCCAAGGAGGACCAAGCAACCAAAGUCCGACGCCGACGCGAUGGUCCCGGAUCGAGGGGCGGCUCACCGAUGAGGACUCCUUCU